CCACCACUGGCUCAGAGUCAAAUUUACCCAGAUUCCCCUCACACCAGUCAGCCAAAUCCUGAUUCAACAAUCUCCACAAGCGAAGAUGCCCAGUUACAUGCAUCUCAAAACGAACAGAGUAAAAACAAGCAGUAUGAUAGUCUGUCUGAAGCUGACAAGGAGAAAGUUGAGACUGUUCUGUACCUCAUGGAUAAAUUUUCAGUGGGUGAUGCCUUCAUCCAUGAGCUAAAUAUGGAAGUGAAUGGCAUGCCCAAAUCAUACCUGAUCAGGCAGUGUCGGGACAAGCUCAACAGUGCAUGUUCCAUAAGGUCAACUCUUGGAGAUGCACCUGGUGCUCAAGUGUCUUUCAAGGAAGCUCUUAUCAACAAGCUAAACAUCCUGGCAAGUAUUAACUCACUAUCCAUAAACAUCAGGUAAUAAAAAGGCUCUCCAACCAAAUCCUAAUAGUUCAUUUUUUUUGUCAUGCACAGACAGAAGAUGGAAAAUGUCCUGAAGACCACACCAUCAAAUUAAAGGUUAGUGGUGAUGGGGCAAGAAUGACAAAGCUUACCAACUAUCUCAUUCUCAGCUUUUGCAUCCUGAAUGGCUCAGAGGAUGUUCUAUCAGAGGUGACUUCAUGACAAACUCAUUAAUGAUAAUAACCCUACAGUGUAAUAACGAAAGGUAGGCUUUUUAAUGUUUCUCCUGAAACAAGUUACUUUGUUUGAUUUCUUUUAGCUACAAACACCAUAACAGUCAUGAGUGGUUCUGAAUCUUACGAGUCACUUAAAAUUAGUUUUGCUGAUGCAUGGAACGAAAUCAGUGAAGUAAUUGCUGAUGGAGAGGUGGAGAUAAAGUCUGGACAAAAAGUCCCGGUGAAAGUGUUUUUGGGUGGAGACUAUGAAGUAUGUGUAAUUAAGAUACCUAUAUUUAUAUUAAUUUGUGUCUACAAUGACAGUGUUUGUUUAGAUGGAUAUUUUAUCUCUUCUAUUAACAGUUUCUUCUUGUUAUCAGUAGGAGAAGUUCAGCAAAUUCCAAUUAUGCCUGCAUCUGGUGCAAGAUACAUAAACAUGAAAGGUAA